AUGGGCAAGUACUCCGGACACUGGAGUGGAGACAUCGCCAGUGACUGGCAUGACAUGAGGAUGACUAUCCCUGAGUUGCUAAGCUUCAGUCUAUUCGGUAUUCCAAUGAUGGGCGCCGACAUAUGUGGGUUCCGCGGCGACACCUCCACCGAGCUCUGCAAGCGAUGGAUGCAACUUGGGGCCUUCUAUCCAUUCUCCAGGAACCAUAAUGAUGAUAGCUCUAAGCCCCAAGACCCCGUGUCGCUGGGCCCGGAGGUGGUGCAGGCGUCGCGCGGCGCGCUCCGCCUGCGCUACUCGCUGCUGCCGUACUACUACGCCCUGUUCUGGAGGGCACACGUCUACGGAGAUACUGUCGUCAGACCACUGUUCUUUGAAGCCCCCGAGCAGAGCAACCUGCACGCGAUAGACAGCCAGUUCCUGGUGGGUCCGUACGUGAUGGUGGCGGCCAUCCUGCAGGCGGGCGCGGCCACGGCGCGCGCCGAGUUCCCCGGCCCGCAGAGCUGGUACAACAUACUCGACGGACAGUUCAUUGCCAGCGACAAGUCUUAUGAACUCAUGGAGAAUGAAACUGUUUCGGUUAAGGGCGGUGGUAUAAUCCCCAUGCAGGAGCCGCCGACCCAAGGGCCAGUGACUACAACUAACACACGAAGCUCUCCGCUACAACUACUAGUUGUACCUGAUAGAGAUAAUCAGGCUAAAGGAGAAUUAUACUGGGACGAUGGAGAUAGCUUGAACUCAUACGAAGAACAGAAAUACAGUCUCAUAGAAUUUACUCUAAACAUCACGGAGAUUCGUAGCACGGUGCAGUGGUGGGGAUACGGCGUGCCAUCGCUCAACAAGAUCUCAGUUCUGAACCAACCGCCGAUCAAGAUGGUCGCCGUCAACGACCAACCGUGCGUCAAACCGUGCGAGUACACGUACAACACACAAACGAAGGUACUUGAAAUAACUGCCAAUCUAUCUCUAGACAAACCUUUUAACGUCAAAUGGUAUGAGAAGUUAAAGACCCCUAGUCCUAAUUGGCGAAGCUGGAUGGGCAGCAAGAAUAACCCUUAA